UCUCCUUCGGUCCCUCCCAGCUCCCUCGGCUUCCUUACCCUCUGCUGCCGAAGGAUCUCUCGAAACAUUCAGGCCCGCAUCAACCUCGCUCCUCCUGCGGUUCUUGUGCCAGGAUCUGUGCCGUGGUGGCGUCGAACGGCGCGCAGAUGGACGGCGGCGGGGGCGACCUGCGGAGCACCAUCAAGAAGUGGAACGUCAUCUACCCGGUCUACCUCAACUCCAAGAAGACGGUCGCCGAGGGCCGCCGCAUCGCCGCCAGCAAGGCCUGCCCCGACCCCACCUGCAUCGAGAUCGCCGACUGCUGCUCGCACCUCAAGAUCCCCUACGCCAUCGAGCUGGAUAAGGCGUACCCUCGGGAUUUCUUCCAGGUGGGGAGGGUCAGGGUGCAGCUCAAGAAGGAUGACGGCUCCCCCGUCAAUCCUGCUAUUAAAACGAAGAAGCAGCUGAUGAUCCAAAUAGCAGAGCUAGUUCCCAAGCAUCAUGGAAGGACAAAGAAGCAGGAAUCAGCACCCAGUUCUUCAGCCAGCGGCAGUUCGAAGAACACAAAAGGCGGGAAAAAGAAAAAGUGAUGGCAGUAUCAUCCUGUUGUUUUUUCUAUUCAACCUCAUGUUAAGUUUCUGUGGAAGUUGUCUUUCUGAGGCCUGAAAAAUCAUUGCGACUUUUGGUGGGAUUUUGAUCCAUUUGAAAAUUACCAUACCCAUAUUUCUUGUAGUCUCCAGAUUCAGAUGGUACACCUAAAAAUGUGGCAGCCAUGACCAUGGGAUCCAAUUUACAGAUGCUGCUGUUUGAUAGAACUUUUACUAAUCCAGCUGAGAUGCUUCACUAAAUUUCAUGAA